AAAAAACUCCAUCAACUCACAGGUGAACAGAGCGUCUCUGCUCUGCUCCAGUCCGCUGCUGCUGCUGCUUUCAGACAAACAACAGCGGAGGAAACCUCACGACUCUCCACCGUUCAUCACAACCAACCGUCCGACUCCUCAACACGUUUCCGGAGUGGACCAAAAUCUCCUGAUCUGACCUGAAAAUCUGCCAAGGGACGAUGCGUGCAGCGGAGCAACAGAGGAACUCUUAAUAAAUGAACCGAAGUGUCAAAAAGGAUUUCUCUCGCUCUUCGUGCUCCGGGUUUCUUCUCGCUGGCGUGCAGGAAUAACGCGUGCUUCACUGGACUUCUAAUCGCCCAGCGAAUUUUCCACGCUGAUGAAAUACUUUGUCAAUCCUUAUUUUUCUUUGCUUUACUGCAACCCAGUGAGAAACCUGCAAAACAUCAGCGCAGCGCAGCGCUGACGGACCCUCGCUUUGGCAUCUUGCCUUUGACUCAUUCUGCUUUUGCGUGCCUGCUUUUGUGAACACACAAUCCCUGCACAAUCCCGACUGACUUUGUUUCUUCUUCUUCUGAAGGAGCGGCGGAUGCUCACAAUGUUUCCUGAUCUGUGUGCAUGAGUGAUGGCGACCAAACCGCACCAGGUGACAGAGCGGCUAUCUGCGCGUUUGCACCUGUUCGGAUGGAUAAUGACAGUUCCUGCUACAGGUGAAUGAAUAUCUGCCCAGUUUCUCCACACAGCGAGUGUUUUGAAGCUCUUUUCUGACUCUGCCAUUGAGUGCUGCACACUGACAAUGGAUCUCAAAGUGGAAACCGAGGAAAUGGACUCGAAUCAACCUCCACCCAUAGAAGUUUUUGCGCACAGCUCGACCCUGCACGGCAUCUCUCACAUCUUCACGUACGAGCGCUUCUGCAUCAAACGCUGCCUCUGGGUCGUGUUCUUCCUGGGUUCUCUCACUUUCUUGCUGUACGUGUGCGUGGACCGGAUCCACUUCUACCUCGAGUACCCGCACGUCACCAAACUGGAUGAGGUCACGACCCCUAUCAUGACGUUCCCCGCGGUCACUUUCUGCAACCUGAACGCGUUCCGGUUCAGCCGGGUGACGCGCAACGACCUGUACCACGCAGGGGAGCUGCUGGCCCUGCUCAACCAGAGGUAUGAGAUCAGGGACAUACACCUUGUGGAGGAGAGCGUUCUGGAGAGCCUGAAGGUCAAAGCCGACUUCCACAAUUUCAAGCCGCGACCCUUCAACAUGCGCGAAUUCUACGACCGCACCGGCCACGACAUCAACGACAUGCUGCUGUCCUGCCACUUCCACGGCACCGAGUGCAGAGCAGAGGACUUCAAAGUGGUCUUCACUCGCUAUGGGAAAUGUUACACCUUUAAUGCCGGCGGUGAUGGACGCCCUCCCCUCAUCACCACCAAGGGAGGGAUGGGUAAUGGGCUGGAGCUCAUGCUGGACAUUCAGCAGGAUGAAUACCUGCCAGUCUGGGGAGAAACAGAUGAAACUUCCUUUGAAGCCGGAGUCAAAGUUCAGAUCCACAGUCAGGACGAGCCGUCCUUCAUUGACCAGCUGGGGUUCGGAGUGGCACCCGGGUUCCAGACGUUUGUUUCCUGCCAGGAACAGAGGCUCAUAUAUUUGCCUCCACCCUGGGGAGACUGCAAGGUGACGCCCAUGAAUUCAGACUUCUUUGAUAGCUACAGCAUCACAGCCUGUCGCAUCGACUGUGAAACGCGCUACCUGGUGGACAACUGCAACUGCCGCAUGGUGCACAUGCCUGGCGAUGCACCCUACUGCACCCCAGAGCUGUACAAAGAAUGUGCUGACCCAGCUCUCGAUUUCCUGGUGGAAAGAGACAAUGAUUUCUGUGUGUGUGAGACUCCGUGCAACAUGACCAGAUAUAGCAAAGAGCUGUCCUUCGUCAAGAUCCCCAGCAAGGCCUCUGCCAAAUAUCUAGCAAAGAAAUACAACAAAUCUGAGCAGUAUAUUAAGGAGAAUAUCCUGGUUUUAGACAUCUUCUUUGAGGCUCUCAACUAUGAAACCAUUGAGCAGAAGAAAGCGUAUGAAGUGGCUGGACUUUUAGGUGAUAUUGGAGGUCAGAUGGGGCUAUUUAUUGGGGCGAGCAUACUGACUAUUCUGGAGAUAUUUGACUACCUUUAUGAGGUGAUAAAGUACAAGUUGUGUCGCUGCUCCGAUAAGAAGCACAAGCACAACAACAACAACGACCAGACGACGGUCCUGAGCUUAGAUGACGUCAAGUGUCACGUCAGUAACUUUCACUAGGCUUCUGCAGCCGUGAGCAGAGAGCCGCUGCACUCUCUUGUGUCUCAGCAGCUUCGUGGACUUUGUUGGUUGCAGUUUGCCCGACUGCUGGAACAGCGAGGAGGUGUGUGAACUGUACCUGAUUUAAGGUUUUUUGAGCGUCGAGGUGAACACAGUCGUGUGGCUGAAGUAAGUGGACGAGCCACACGAGACAGCAGGGCAUCAGAAACCAGUGAUCAACAUGUGAUGAUUUCAAAAACGUUAGAAUAACUGCAUGGUCAUCUGUAAACACCUUUUCAAGACAUAGUAACAGAUACAGUACGUGAGGACAUGAACUAAACACAGGUUCAGGUGCGCGGUGGUGUUUGUCUUCAGUCAGGUUGACAGAGUUUCUAUGUGAAAUAACCAAUCAUUUGCAGGAAGUUUUGUCUCUAUUCUGCUUUUCACUUUUACCCUUUGGCAUUUGUUGGCGUUUACCCGCUUUUUCACCACCACCUCCAUCUUCAGAACGUCUUCCUUCAUUAAACUCAGUGCAUUCUGCCAGUAUACUGUACUACCUCAUCUCGUAGGGCAACGAAUAAAGAAUUUAUGAGCCGAGAAAAGCCAACAUAACGGCAAUUUUCAUGAAGAAAAAACAGGUCGUUUUCACGGAGGCAUUUUCACAUGUCACAGUGGGAAAAGCACGUUUAAUGAUGGCUGGCAUGCUGCGGAAUGUCAUUUGGUUUUCCUACUAUUACAAGUGCGAAUGUCUGCUGUGGAAGAGGCCUGUUAUAGUAAAUAUUUAGGGUAACAAAGCCACAAGUAGGAAGCCAUUAAGUCCAAAACUGACUCAGUAUUUUGCUAACAUUAGCCACCAUAAGCCACAGGUCAUAUGAGCGCGAAAAACGUCUGAAGCAGCAAAAUCCCUGAAUAUGCUGAACUGAAUUUUUGAGAAGUCAGCUGUAUUGGCUUUCUGGCAGACAGUUUCAUGAGGAGACUGAGACAGCUCUCAUAUCUGUCAGUUAAAUAUAAAAAGUACAGCUUUUUGUUAGCUUAGUUUGGCAGGGCCUGGUCUUGUAAUACAACUCCAGCUGGAGGGGAAGAAAUAUUAAGGAUUGUUCCCAAUCUACAUUUAAAAGUUUGUCACAGACGUCAGAUGCACACUUUGUUAGAAAAAAACACUGGUCCUUCUGCACCGAACAGCUGAUACUACGAGGAGACAACAGACAAACUGUAGGAGGAAACUGCAGGGAGCCGACUCUCACAUAACCUGCUGCUUUUCUGAUCCUGAAAUUUCUAAUCGCACGAGUAGCCAGGAUGCCGAUAUUUGAAAUAUUAUGAUCCACACAGGGAUAAGUCAUAAUCGGGUUAUGGUUUCUGUGUGUCCUCAACUCAAAUCAUGUAGUCAGAAGAAAGUCUGUAACGAGGAACAAUCAUCUACACCCUGAAAACAACCUAACCACACUGAGGCAGUGAAUCCAGGCAUUUUGAUGUCAGAAAGACAGCUGCCACUAUCUCCCCAUUACAUAACACUAAAGCCACUAAAUCUAACAGCAGCCAGAUUGAGUUUUAUGAAAGGACAAAGCAGGUGAGCAUCUGUUUCUGUCAUAGACUGUCUGUAAAGAUGGCCCUUACCCUCUGUGACGUCACCCAUAGGUUUGCUAAACUGCACUUCUGAAGCUCAGUGUUUUCAUUCUGGCAGUGACUCCUGACUCCUUGUCAAUCCAAAAAUGAGCAAAGAGGUGGAUCAUAGAUUGGCCUUUCACAGUAACCAACUGUCACUCAAAGCAGCCACACAUAUAAUGAUGCAGAACUUUAAACCUCUACACAAUUUAAACUGGUGAGUUUUUUUGAAAAUUUACCCCAGUACAGUUUUUCUGACCAGGGAGAUUAGCUAUAGAGACCAGAAAAGUUUUUUGUACCAGGCUGUAAACAUGUUUAUUUCUGCUGUAAAGCUGGAUAUUUCAACAUGGGGGUCUAUGGAGAUUGACUCCCUUUUAGGAUGAGCCUCAAGUGGCCAUUUAAGGAACUGCAGUAACUGGUACAUCAGCUUUAUUUUUCAGCUCUGGAGGUCGUCACUUGGUGUCAGUGACGUGUAGCAGAUGAACACACCUCUAAAUCUUCACCGCACAGAACUUUGCAUAAAUAAGGAGACAAACAGAAUUAAAAUAAAUGUUGUAUCAUUUAACAACUGUAAGUGAAAGUCUCAGAUUAACAACAACUGUUUCUUAGCACACAACAGAAAUGGUUUGAAAUGUGUGAAAAGUAUUUAUAAUAAUGAUAUUAUUGCAAUAUCUAAAGGGAAAAAAAUAAUUACACUCAAAAUACAACUGCAGGAAAGUGGAGAGAGUCUGCAACAAUAACUGUACUGUAUGUUGUUUCUAUGUGGGAGUAUCAACCAGACAGCUACUGGUACUGGAUUAUUUGCAUUAUUAUCAUAUGCGUAUUAUUAACAUAAUUGUAUUAUAUAAAGCUUAAUUCUGUAUAUAUGUUAUAUUGUAACGUCUAUAGAUAGAUUCAUCAAUGGGUGCCUCAUCUAAGACCUGAGAGUUUAGUACAAAGAUUUGCUCUGUCUAGGUAAGAUGAGGCAAGUUUGUGUGUAGCACAUUACAGAUUCCAAAGCAGUUUAAAGUGGUUCACAUAAUGUAUUAAAAUCUUUAAGAAAAAAAAUCACUCAUUUAAAUUCAUACAAUAGAAAAAUAAAAGAUUCGAUAUAAAAUAAUUAAAAGUAGAAACAGUAUAGACAAGUUAAACCAGAUUUUAUGGGGUACAUAAAGUGGCACAAUAAUUGAAAGUGCUGUUUCUAAAGAAAAUGAAAUCCUCCUCACGAAAUUGUUUAAUCCAUAUAAAACGGGUAAAACUAUUAAAUCACUGUUUUACAGAUAACAGCCAACGAGACUCCAGGAAGGCACUUAACCAGGCCAAGAAAUAGUCUGAAACAUAUUAAGCAAACUAUAGACAUUAUACGGUGAUGCUUUGAGGUGUGGGUUCCUUUUGUUUACAGUCUUUAUGCUAAGCUAAGCUAACUUCAUAUUUAAAGCAAGAAGCAUAAGAGUGGUAUCAGGCUUCUCAUCUAACCCUCCACUAAAAAGCCUGUAUUUCCCUAAAUGUUGACUCUCUGCAUUAAAACACAAAGAGUAUUUUUUGGAAAAACAUGCAGUAACUAAGGUAAAAGAAAAGUUGGACAGCAAAGAAAAUUUAAUGUCCAUAAAUCAUUUUAUGAACAAAUAUUAUUAGUAGAAAGUUACAUAAUGUAUGAUUUACCUUCAGAUUCAGUCACUGUAGGUCUCAGUAUAAACAAAUCCUGGAAAGUGUCGUACAUGUUCACAUGCUGUACGUCUCAUUUAAGGGAAUUUCCCUUCAGUUGUGUUAACAUACUGAGGUCACAUCAACGAGGAUGAAUAUGCUAAAUGUGCUUUUCCAUCUUGUAGGGACUCUGACUUGCAUGUAGCUCUGUACAGCAGGCGUCUUCAGUGUGGUGCAGUUUGAGCCGUCAUCUGUCUAUGUCUGGUUGCACAUUGUAAACAAGUAUUUAUUUAUGCGUCUGUCUGUGGCUGAAAAGUGUUGCCGGAUGUUGGCACCAAACUCAGAAGCUUUCGACGGAAAAACGCUGCCUUCAUAUCCAAACCGGUGUGUGGAAUAUCAGGUAAACAUGAGCUCUGGUGGUGCAUGUUUCAGAGUUUUCACCCCGACUGUGUUUACAAUAAUCAAACCAUCUUAAACAUUCUGUUGCAGUUAAUCUGUGUGACUCUGAGCAGGAGAAGGAAACUGUAUAACAUGUAGCUGUGCAGUGUUACUAUCAAGCACAAUCAUGCCAUCAGCUGUAAUUUAUUGUAAAUAUUGCAGUGACUGUGGGUAAUAAUCUCCAUGUACUAGCAUAGUCUGCUCUGUCUAAUGUUGUACUCGUUGGAUUCAGUUUUCUGUACAUAUGAUUGUAGAUGGUUUAUUUAUCGAAAGUAUAUUUAUCAAAGACAAUAUUAAAGUGAGAGGCAGUUUCUUUUUUGUCAUUAUUGCUACAGUUAAAGCUGCUGUACUCGUCAGCACAUCAAAAUAAACAGCCAGAUUGUUGUUCGUCUGCUGCAUGACGUCAUGCAUCUCUUAACAAGUCCUCCGCUGUGUUUUUGUUUUGGCCUCGAUUUUAAAAUUUUCAUUUGAGAAAUGAAAGGACGGUUGUUUUAGUCUGGUGAUGUAUAGGUGAAUAAUGAACUUGAAGCUGUUGUUAUAUUAAUGAUUAAACGCUAACUUUAUGUACCUUUUA